UGGCUGUAGUGGGCAAACGGUUUUGAAUUUGAAAAAUCUAUUCAAUGUUUUUUAUCAAGCAUAGCCUGAAGAUCAUGUGUGCCAAGUUUUGAGUUGAUUAGAGAACAUUUGUGAUAGGAGAUGCAUUUUGAAGGUUUUUGACACUGAACUCGGCUUGGACCAAGGCUUCCAAUGAUCCCUUGUUUGUGAAUAUUGGACGAAUGGGUCGAAAGUUAUGAACCUGAAUGCAUGUCUAACUUUGACCUGCUGGUGGCGCUAGAGCUGAUGAGCUAGCGACCUCAAAUUUGCUUCAUGGGCUAAUGGGACUGUCCUGAACCAGUGUGCCAAAUUUCAUAACUUUUCACCAAGGCAUUCUAUGUGCUGCCAUAGACUCCCAUGGCAGGAAAAUAAUAAGAAAACGUACGAAAACAAUAGGUUGUCUCGCAGCUUCGCUGCUUGACCCCCAAUAAAACAGGUUUAUUAACCAUGAUCAUCCCAGGUAUUUUUGUAUACAAUUCAUAAGAUGAUCCUUUUUGCUUAUUUUUAGUGUCCUUAUUUCCACAGUUAAUAUAGUUAAUUUCGUGUUCAACAUUCUUGAGCAUCAUUAAUUUAUGUAUGGAGUAUAGGAUACUACAGGUUAUAGGCUGCUGAAAUUGGGAAUCAAACCCAGUACCAUUCAGCUGAACCCUCCACACGCGCGCGCACAUACGCGCGCACACGCACACACUACCAGUGAUUUGCAUACGAGAUACGUCUUCCUACUUUCUCUUGCUCGCCAGAUACUUCUCGUGAGCACCAGAUACUUUCUCGUACUCACGAGAAACGUUUAUUCAUCUUAACCCCAUGUCCCUUUAUGGGUUCCGUACCUUUCUCGGCUUUGCCCGCCCAGAGAAUAUGUCCCGACCGCCCAUGAGAAAAAGAGCUACAACCGUGUGAGCAUCCACAAAGUUAUUUCCUGGAGAGACAUCAUGGCUUGCAAACGGGCGAAGCACGGCAGUUGCUCAGUGUUUGGAUGUACAAAUGAAUAUCAAAGUAUGCUUUUUGUUCCUUCAUCCGAGCCUCUGAAGAACCAGUGGGUUAAUUUUAUUUUCUCUGGAAAUGAUCAGCCAGUCUGCGCCAAACAUUUCACCGACGACUGCUUCCUCAACUUGGGCCAAUACAGAACUGGACUUGCCCAAUGUCUUAACAUCAAGUCUGGAUCAGUACCAACUCUCCGGGGCUCAGCUACAAACCUCGGACAAGUUAGUCAACCAACUCCCAGCUCAUCAAGUGCUUACAUUCAGCAGCUUCCCUCAAGGGAUGUUGCCUGCCAGACAGACCACCUGAAAACACUAACUGUAGGCACACAGCUAUCCUUAAAGACUUUGCAGUCCCACUUUACAAUUGAAGAAGACUGCGAUGCGUUUAGAGACCAUAGCACGCAGCGCGGCGCCACCUCAGAGAGUCUGGGUGUGGACGCCCCUGGCUCCUCCCACAUGUCCAGUCACAGCGAGGAACUGAAGUUCAUGAGCGCCUACGGAAAAGGGGAGGGCCCACUGGCGUUGGGCGGCCAUGACACCCUCUUCACCGCGUCAGAAGUGGAGGCCCUGAACUCGCUGUCUGCGGACCACAGCGCGGCCAAGAGCCUGGAGCGCGGCGAGCGGCUGGUCUGCAGCGAGGAGCUGAGUGUGCAGGUUGGAAAUCAUCUUCUCAUUCACCCUCCAAAAGAGAGGCUUCCUCUGUUACAACUCUAAAACAAAACCAUAGAAAGCCCACACCUUUAUGAUU